GUGUGCGUGUGUGUGUCGGGCAGCGGCGGCUCAGUGGGCGGCAGGAUGUCGGCUCCAGCUGACCAGCAUCAGAACAGCAGCAGGAGAAGCAGAACCAGACGAAGGCGAUCCGGAGCAGCGGCAGAACCCGAGCCGGACGGAGCCACUUCCACUGCAGCAGGGUUUUAAUCAUGAGUGUGGAUGAAGAUUCCCGCUGGCUGGAGUGGGUAACCAAACAGUUUGAGACCAUCGCUGGAGACGACAAAGAAAUCGACAUCGACGAGUUUAAAACUGCGCUCAAAGUCAAAGAGUCUUUCUUUGCCGAGCGUUUCUUUGCUCUGUUUGACUCGGAUGGCAGCGGAUCCAUCAGUCUCGAUGAGCUGCUCAAAGCUCUGAACCUCCUCAUCCACGGCGACGAGACCGACAAGCUGCGCUUCCUGUUCCAGGUCUACGACGUCGACGGCAGCGGUUCCAUCGACCCAGACGAGCUGAGAACGGUUCUGAAGUCGUGUCUACAGGAGAGCGCCAUCUCUCUGCCAGAAGAGAAACUGGACGACCUGACACUGGUUCUGUUCGAGUCUGCAGACAAAGACAACAGCGGCUCCAUAACCUUCGAAGAACUGAAAGCUGAGCUGGAAAACUUUCCGGAGGUGAUGGAGAAUCUGACCAUCAGCGCCGCUAACUGGCUGAAACCGCCUGAUCAGGAGCAGAAGAAGCCUCAGACGCCCCGGUACCUGACCCGGGCCUACUGGCAGAACAAUAGCCGGAAGCUCCUGUUCCUGUGUGGCUACGUUCUGCUCAACCUCAUGCUGUUCAUCGCCGCCAUGUUGUACCACCGCAAAGGCGGCGGCUGGUUCAUGCUGGCCAAGGGCUGCGGCCAGUGCCUGAACUUCAACUGCACCUUCGUCAUGGUGUUGAUGCUGCGACGCUGUCUUACGUGGCUCCGGGCCACCUGGGUGGUCAGAGUCCUUCCUCUGGACCAGAACAUCCUGCUGCAUCAGAUCGUCGGCUACGCCAUCCUCUUCUUCACACUCGUGCACACAGCGGCACACAUCAUCAACUUUGCCCGGAAGUCGCAGAGCGGGGAGUUCAGCCUGUGGGAGUACCUGCUGACCACCAGGCCGGGGAUCGGCUGGGUGAAGGGGACCUCGUCGCUGACCGGGGUCAUCCUGCAGCUGCUUAUCUGCCUCAUGGUUUUCUGCUCCAGCACCUUCGUCCGUCGCAGCGGACACUUCGAGGUGUUCUAUUGGACUCACCUGUCUUACAUCUGGGUUUGGAUCCUCCUCAUUAUUCAUUGUGCAAACUUCUGGAAGUGGUUUGUGGUUCCAGGCUUCGUCUUCUUGCUGGAGAAGAUCGUGGGAAUCGCCGUGUCUCGUAUCGGAGGCCUUUACAUCGUAGAAGUCAACCUGCUGCCAUCCAAGGUGACUCACCUGGUGAUCAGGCGACCCCAGUUCUUCCAGUUUAAACCUGGAGAUUACAUCUACAUCAACAUCCCAGUGAUUGCCAAGUACGAGUGGCACCCGUUCACCAUUAGCAGCGCCCCCGAGCAGCCAGACACUAUGUGGUUACAUGUGCGCUCCAUGGGCCAGUGGACCAACCGGCUGUACGAAUACUUCAGACAGCCAGAGAGCCAGGCGGUUUGUCCCAAGCGGCUGGCCACCAGUCUGCGGAAGCGGCGCCAGGAGAAGAGACAGCAGAAGGACCAGAUGUUCCUCUCCUCAGAGUCACAGAAAUCUGUGGCUUCGAACCAGGUUGACACCAUUGAGCUGACGAUGUUCCGGCAGAACGGGUCGCAGUCCGGAUCGGCUUCAGACCCAGAGAUUCUGGUGGAGUUACCUCUGGAGGAGCCUGAGCUGACAGAAAGAGGAGAGGUCACACCGCUCAGAGAGGUUUCUGCCAAGGCUGGUGAGAAUCACCGAUUCUGCAACAUAAAGUGUUACGUAGAUGGACCGUACGGGACUCCGACCCGGCAGAUCUUCGCCUCGGAACACGCUGUGCUAAUCGGAGCAGGAAUAGGAAUCACGCCUUUUGCCUCCAUCCUGCAAAGCAUCAUGUACCGGUACCGCAUGAGGAAGCACACCUAUCCCAACUGUAGCUCCUCAGGGUGUGAAAACGUUAAAGACAGCGACAUGAGGCUGCGUAAGGUCGACUUCAUCUGGAUCAAUAGAGACCAGAAGUCCUUCGAAUGGUUUGUUAGUUUGCUGACUAAGCUGGAGAUGGAGCAGGCGGAUGGGGAGCCGGAAGGUCAGUUCCUGGAAAUGCACAUGUACAUGACCUCAGCGCUCAGCAAGAACGACAUGAAGGCCAUCGGCCUGCAGAUGGCGCUCGACCUUCUAGCCAAGAAAGAGGAGAAAGACUCAAUCACAGGUCUGAGGACCAGAACUCAGCCAGGCCGACCCGAAUGGGAGAAGGUUUUCCAGAAACUGUCAGAGGAAAACAAAGGAAAAGUUCACGUGUUUUACUGCGGCGCUCCGGCUUUGGCUAAAGUCAUCAAAGCUCAGUGUGAACACUUCGGCUUCAACUUCUACAAGGAAAACUUCUGAGGAUGUCUUUGUUCGUUUGAUUUUAUAUUUCUAUUAGCAUAAAACCUGACAGAACACCAGCUAAAGGAAGCAAACUGCAGUCCCACUAAAGAUUUAAGACUUUUUUACUUAGAGUUAAGUUUUAGGGAUUAAGUUAUAAUGCUUAAAGUCUGCUCUGUAAAUGGAAUAUGCCUAAAUAUAAAUUAUGGUU